AUGGCUGUAUGUGUUGCUGUUAUUGCAAGAGAUAACUACCCUUUGUAUAUACGAACAGCCGAGCCCGAUCACGAGCUGAAAUUCCAUUAUAUAGCUCAUACAUCACUAGAUGUGAUUGAGGAAAAAUUGGCAACGUUAACCAAAACAACUAGCGAUAUGCGUGAACUAUAUCUGGGAAUACUUUAUCCAACGGAAGAUUACAAAGUUUACGGAUAUGUUACCAAUACCAAAAUAAAAUUUGUGGUGGUUGUCGACGCUUCUGGAAUUAAUUAUCGAGAUACUGAAAUGAGGGCGAUAUUUCGCAAACUACAUCACGCAUAUUCCGAUGUUAUAUCAAAUCCUUUUUAUACUCCAGAAACCACCAUAACAUCGCCGUAA